AUGGGUUGCUAUGAUCCGAGAUACAAAGAUUUACCUUCCCAAGUAUAUUACGCUAAAUUGAAUGAAGAUAUAGUCGAGGAGGAAGAUGACGGGAAUGAAGAACAUGUGGAAAAUGAGGAAUAUGAAGUAAAUGAAGAACAGGAAGUAAAUGAAGAAGAGGAAGUAAUUGAAGAGCAGGAAGUAAAUGAAGAAGAGGAAGUAAUUGAAGAGCAGGAAGUAAAUGAAGUGCAGGAAGUAAAUGAAGAGCAGGAAGUAAAUGAAGAGCAGGAAGUAAAUGAAGUGCAGGAAGUAAAUAAAGUGGAACAAGUAAAUAAAGAACAUGGAGUAAAUGGACAAAGUAAGGGAAUUGAAGAAAAUGUUUACUGGAAAGCUGUACAAGGAUCAUAUGAAGAAACACCAUGGGUUCGAGAUGUUUUUUUUAAACUGGAAAGGAACCUAACUCAGUUAAAUGAAGGUCGUGAGGAAGAUAGUCUAAGUAAGAAGCAUUGUUAUGAUUUAAAUUACUGGCUAUACGAACAAGUGUAUGAAAAUCUUAAUAAGAAUGAGAAUGAUGAAAAUUUCUUUAAAAUAAUUGAUGGUCUUCAAGGUGCAUGGAAGAAUAUAAAUAAUGAUAAGUUCCCUAAUGCUGAUAAUAUAUGUCAUCCCGAUACAACCCUGGUUGAUAUGAAAUAUUUAAAAGAUGUUAAAUAUUUGUUCGAUUUGGUUGAAGAUUAUUCUACCAUCAAAGCAGCAGCUAUCAAUGAUACAAAGAACGCGUGUCAGAAAUAUAUUGACUACCUUAAAGUUAAGGUUCCUUUGUACUAUGAAUGGAAGGACGUGUGUACCAUGGAAGAGGAGAAUAUAUGUACAAAGUAUAUUGAUGAUUUUUCACAAUAUAAUCCCAAAAGCGUAUUGGAAAAUUUAUCUGUAGUUAGUCUUGCAUUGGCAUCCAUAUUCAAUGAUUGCUAUCAGAAUAUUAUAAAUUUGUUUACCGAAUCAGAGAAGAUCGAGCCACGCACUGUUUUGAAGCAUAGAGACAUUACAGGACAAUCCGAAAGUAACAUUGUAAAAGUAGGAGGAAGAGUUUUGUCGGAAGCUAUCCUUGAUAUCCCCGAAUCUGGAAAUGCGUUAGUUGGCAUUAAUGCGCUGGCUACUUCGUUUUUUUCCAUGUUUAAGAGAUUUAACUCUUACAUAUAUAGCAUGUUUGCACCGGUUGGCCUUUCCCUGUUGAGCAUAGUGUUAUUUAUGUACGUCGUCUAUAAGUUUACCCCAAUUGGAAAGACGAUUUAUCUCAAUCAAAAAGGAAUGAAGAAUCACUAUGUUCGCAAGAACAGUGAUGAUUCUGAUGAUGAAGAUGAUGAUGAUGAUGACGAUGAUGAUAACGACAGUGCCAACAUUAGCCACAAGAAUAAGAAGAACAACAGGGGCAACAACAGGGACAACAAUAGGGACAACAAUAGGGACAACAAUAAGGACAACAAUAGUAGCAACGUGGAAUGA